GCUUCUCUGAGAGCAGGCGGCGAAGGGAGCUCUCAUCUACCUUUUAACUUUGAAAAUGGCUUUUAUGACUUUGUGUUUGGGGUAUGUCACGUUGUCGGGAUGCGAUUUUGUGUGAGCGGGAAGACAAAAGAGGAGGGAGGAGGGGAGACGGGCUAGACAGGCCUGCGGGGCGAAGUUCAGGAAGGGCCUCCGUCGCCGGUUCCCGUAGGAAUGCCUUGCCAGCACAGGCAUCUAGGCCACGGCUCCGGCCCCGGGAGCUGCACGGAUGCUGUGGCUUCUUACUACUUCACACGGACCCACCCAGGGUAAAUAGCUGUGUGAAAAGUGGUGAGCAUGUCCUGGAGGAGUUGGAAACAGAAGGGGAGAGGCAGCUGAAAAGCCUCCUUCAGCAUCAACUUGAUACCUCUGUCUCCAUUGAGGAAUGUGUGUCUAAGAAAGAGAGCUUUGCUCCUGGUACUAUGUACAAGCCCUUUGGGAAGGAAGCAGCUGGGACUAUGACUUUGUCCCAGUUCCAGACACUGCAUGAGAAGGACCAGGAAACUGCUUCUCUUAGGGAACUGGGGCUCAAUGAAACAGAAAUCUUGAUCUGGAAGAGCCAUGUUUCAGGUGAAAAGAGGACAAGACUGAGGGCAACCCCGGAAGCAAUCCAGAACCGUCUUCAAGAUAUUGAAGAAAGGAUCUCGGAGCGUCAGCGCAUCCUCUGCCUACCACAGAGAUUUGCCAAGAGCAAACAGCUGACCCGGCGAGAAAUGGAAAUCGAAAAGUCUUUAUUUCAGGGAGCCGAUCGGCACUCCUUCCUCAAGGCUCUUUAUUACCAAGCAUACCACAAAAAGACAAGUGCAGACAAGUACAUGACCUCAAUGAAGAGGAAGAUAAAAUUAGGCACAAAAGAUGAACCCCAAAAGAAGAACAAAGGUGAUCCCAUGAACAACCUGGAAAGUUUUUACCAAGAGAUGAUAAUGAAAAAACGUCUUGAAGAGUUCCAACUUAUGAGAGGUGAACCCUUUGCUUCCCACUCACUGGUCUCAGCUACAUCAGUGGGAGAUAGUGGCACAGCUGAGAACCCGUCAUUACUCCAGGACAAGGGAAAACAGGCAGCACAGGGUAAAGGUCCCAGUCUCCAUGUGGCAAAAGUUAUUGAUAAUUCACCUGAGCAGUGUUGGACUGGGCCUAAGAAGCUGACGCAGCCAAUAGAAUUUGUCCCAGAAGAUGAGAUCCAGAGAAAUCGUUUGUCAGAGGAAGAGAUCCGAAAAAUUCCUAUGUUUUCUUCAUAUAAUCCAGGGGAGCCAAACAAGGUGUUAUACUUGAAGAACCUUAGCCCUCGGGUGACCGAAAGAGAUCUUGUCUCACUGUUCGCUCGGUUCCAGGAGAAAAAAGGACCACCAAUUCAAUUCCGAAUGAUGACUGGACGAAUGAGGGGGCAGGCUUUUAUCACCUUUCCCAAUAAGGAGAUAGCAAGGCAAGCAUUAUAUCUAGUAAAUGGAUAUAAACUACGUGGGAAAAUAUUGGUGAUAGAAUUUGGAAAGAACAAAAAGCAACGGUCAGAUCUCCAGGCUGCUUCUCUCAUAUCAUCUGCUACAGAUAACAUGACAGAAAUCAGUGGUAGCUAAAAGAUAUAUAGAUGGUGAGUCCCAGGAGGUCUUCCUUGCAUCAGAAUCUUGGAUCUAGAAUUUGGGUAUAGAUAGAGUUUGGAUUUGAAAAAGAGAAACUGAGGGAGAGAAAAAUUAAGAUAAUCCCUCUCAGUUUCAGGUUGAAUUGGUAGAAAACACUUUUUAUAAUCAAAGACUAUAUAGGACAGACAUGCCAAGUAUGAAAUAUAGGAUACAAAAAGUAUCAUUUUCUCAGGAUAAAUUACAAAUGAUUAUUUCUAAGGAUUUUUAAAAAAUCUUUAUGAUUUAUCUGGGGUCUUCAGUAUUUGUCCAUAAAUAUAACAUUCUUUCCAAGAUCUCCUCCUAUAUGCAGAACCAAAAAACUAAUUAAAUGUUGAAAUACUUAUUUACUAUAGCUCCCUAUUAUCCCUAAUUAUAACCACCUAGUAAAUAAAGGACUAAGACCCCAGGCCUAAACAUCAACAAAUGCUGUUGAGUGGGAACUAUCAGCAGUGACAAUAUGUAUUUUCAUAAAUCAGUCCACAUAUUUAAUGAAUGCUUCCCCAUAAAGUUAUCAGUGUCUUCAAAAAGCUAUAUAUUUUUCUAAUGAAAUCAUUUAGAUCAAAAUAUUGAUGUUCUCAUAGUCAUUUAAGCUAGCUACCAUUGAGUAAUCAUUGAAUUCAAAGCAAUAAACAUUGAAUGACUAUUUAAUAUAUGUUAUAUAUUAGGUAUAUGAAUUUACCAUUAGGUAUAUGAAUUUACCCUAAAGGAGGAUGGGAAGAAAGCAGUCUCUAGAAGAGAGCCACCCAUUCCCAAAUCCCUCAGUUGUGUGCUUGUAGUUGCUGGCGAAUAGCAAGAAAAUAUGAUAUAGAGGAUGUAGUACAAACUUUGGAAUCAGACCUGUGUUUGAACUUCACAGCCACACUUAUCACUUCAUGACCUUGGCAAGUCACUUUAUCUGAGCCUCAGUUUUCUCAUCUAUUAAAUGAGGAUAAUAAUACUACUUACCUCACUGGGUUAUAAGUAUUAAGUGAGAUGAUAUUAUUUUGGCUAAAGAACAGGAAGAAAAAAAAAUGAAGGUUGAACAGAGAGUAGGACCAUUAAUUACUCCAACAUACUUGUAAUGAAAGGACCAGAAAAAGAGAAGAGAAAGAAGCAGAAAAAAUAUUCCAAUAAAUAAUGGAUAUAAAUGUCCCAAAUUUGAUGAGAAACAUUACCUACACAUCCAAGAAUUUCAACACACCCCAAGUAGGAUAAAGAAGAAAUCCACAGACACAUCAUAAUAAAAAUGCCAACAGUCAAAGACGAAGAGAAACUCUUGAAAGUAACAGGAGAAAAAUGAAUCAUUACUUACAAGAGAACACCAGUCAGAUUAACAGCUGACUUCCCAUCAGAAACAAUGGAGGUGGCAGUGGAAUAACUUAUUCAAAGUGCUCAGAGAAACCAACUGUCAUUAUAGAACCCUGUAUCCAAUAAAGCUGUGUUUUAAAAAAUGAAGAUAAAAUAUAAGUCUUCCCACAUACCAUAAGCUGUUGUUGCUGGCAGACCUGACUUCACAGGAAAUACUAAAGGAAGUUCUUCAGGUGGAAAGCAUUGACCUCAGAUAAUUUAAAUCUACCCAUAUAGAAAAGUAGCAUGGGUAAAGGUAAUUACAUGAGAUAGUCUAAAUGCAUUUUUCUUCUCUUACUUGAUUGAAAAAGUAAUUUUGUAAAACAAUAUGUACAUAGUUGCCGUGUUUGGUUUAUAACAUAUAAAACUGCAAUAUAUUUGCCAAUAACAGGCCAUAGGAGGUGGGUGAGGCAAAGCUGUAUUGGACUAUAGAAAUGACUCCAGAUGAUAUAACUCAGAUCUACAGGAGCAAGUGAAGAGAAAAAGAAAUGGGAAUUAAGAAAGUAAAUAUAAAAAAGCAUCAAAUAUUUA